AUGAAACGAUACAAUGAAAAAUCAAUUAAUGAAAAGAUCCAAAGAGAGCAAAAAAAUGAAUAUGCUCGUGAAAGAAUACAAAAUGAGUUAAAGCUAGAUAAUUACAGUAAAUUGCAAGGAAUAUCUAUUGAUAAAGCUGAAGCAGCUAAACAAAAAAAUAUAGAAGAUUCACUUAAGAGAGAUUGUGAAAUAACAGAUGAAUUUGAUAAUACAAAAAUAAAAGAAGAAAAAAUUAGACAAUGCCAAUUAUUAAGUGAAAAGCAAAAAGAAGAAAAAGAAAUUGCUGAUGAGAAGCUUAGAGAGAAAGCUUUGCAACAUACAAUACAAAAUGAUGAAAGUUAUAAAAAAUUAAAAGAAAAGUUGGAAGAAAUAGCAACAUUAAAAGAAAGAGAAAACCAAGUUAAAGAAGCAAAAUUAUUAAAAACAAAAGAGGAACAAGAAGAAGAAAAAAGAAUUGAAAAACAAAUGGAAAGCAUUUUAAUAAAAGAAGGGAAAGAAGAAGAAAAAAAAAAAAAAUUAAAUUUUGAAAAAAUUAUGGAAACGAAAAAAGAAUUGCAAGAACAAAUUAAAGAAAAUUUGAAAAAAAAAAAGGAGAAAUAUACUGCCAAUUUAGAAGAAAGGAGUAAAAUGGAAAAUUUAAUGCAAGAUUACAGGGAAGAAGAAAAAAAAAAAAAAGAAGAAGGAAUAAAUAAACAAAAAAAAUUAUUAAAAGAAUUUAAAGAACAAAUAGAAUUAAAAAAUCAAAGAAAGGAAUUAAAUAAAAAGAAAGAAUUAGAGGAAGAAAUAAAGAAUCAAGAAUACAUCAAGGAAAAAGAAGAAAAAAUGAAAAAUUUUCUUAAAAAAAAAGUAGAAAAAAAUUUAGAAAAACAAAAAGUAGUUAAUGAACUAGCGUAUAAAGAAUAUCUUGUAAAUAAAGAAAAAGAAGUAUUAGACGAAUUACUUAAUAAAUUAUAUAUUGAAGAGCAUGAUUUCAAAGAAAGGCAAAGAGAGAUCAAGGAAAAUGAAAAAAAAUUACAACUUAAAAAUGAAAUGUUGAAACAACUGGAAAAAGAUAUAAGCUUAAAGGAAGAAAGAAGAAGAAAGGAAAAAGAAGAAGAUGAAAAAAGAAAACUAGAAUUAUUAGAAGAAAAAAAAAAAUUAGACAAACUUGAUCAGUACACAGAUAAAAAAAGGAAAGAAAAACUAUUACAAUAUAAAAAAGAAAUAUAUGAAUCUUUUCAAGAAAAAAAAAACGCAGUAAAAAAUGAAAGAAUACAAGAAGAAAUAGAAAAAAACAAACUUUUGGAAGAACAAAAAAAAUAUGAGGAAUUAAUAAAUAAAGAAAAAAUGAAACUUAUAGAUAAGUAUAAAAAUGAUAUUUUAAAAAAUUUACCUGAAGAUAUAUAUGAGAAACUAAAAAAGGAAAAUAUUAUUACGUAG